AUGUCAAACCUCAAUAGGGAUCCAGAGGACUAUGUAUCACCAUGGUUGACCACUACAAUGUUUUGUAAUGCCUGUAUGUACAUCAUUAAGCCACUAAAUGAUAGUGAUAUGUGGCUUGAUGUGGACUACAUCCAGCCAUUGCCUCCUAGAAAUAAAAGGAUGCCAGGAAGACCAUCAACAAAAAGGAAAAGGGAUCAGAUUGAGAAUGAACUAAAGGGCAAUAAGCAUACAGUCUCAAUAAGGGGUAUUGUUAUGAGAUGCAACAUAUGUAGAGAUCCAGGGCAUAACAAAGCAAAAUGUCCUCAAAAACCAAUUGGGGAAUCAUCUAAUCCAAAGCCAAAGUCAAAGCCAAAGCCAAAGUCAAAAAAUAAAGAAGCCAAAAAAGAAGGUAAAGUGAAGGUUGAAUUGGUUCAAGAAGUUGAUGUGGAAAGUGAUAGUAACAGUGAAGUUCAAAGGGAGCCUGAUAGUGAGGUGGAGUCUUAUGAAGUUGAUUUUGAAAAGGGUAAUCAUACAUAUGAAGAUGUAGACCAACCUGAGGUUGAAGCUAAAGUUGGAGGGGUUGAAGAACAGGUUAAAGUUGAAGCACAUGUUGAAGCACUUGUUGAAGUUGAAGUUGAAGAAGGUGAAUACCAAGCUGCAGUUGUAGAUCAAGUUGAAGUUGAAGUUCAAGGACAGGGUGAAGGUCAAGAAGGAGAAGAACUUGUUGUACUUCAAGAUCCAGUUGGACAAGAUGACCAAGGACAGGCUGCACUUCAAGAUCCAGUGGAAGAGGAGCAUAUGCAAUAA